GCAUCAUCAGCGCUGACGUGAGACUACGUGAGCGAAGGCACAGGCCGUCCACCCAUACUGUAAUUAGUGACGAGUCAGACUACGUAAAACUUCGUGACUGACCAUGGAUUCUUCAGUUUCACCUCAGCUUGACAACAAUUUUAAUGAGUCAGUGACAGACGGAGAGGAGAACCACAGCGAAGACAGUCCAUCUCCUGCAGCCCCUCCUCAGGUGUCAGCAGGGUCUCCUGGCGUGACUGUUGUCCAGUUGUGUGAUGGUCAGACUGUGCAGGUUCAAGGGGUCAUCCAGGCCCCUCAGACCUCCGUCAUACAGUCACCACAAGUCCAGACUGUGCAGAUUGCCACUGUAGCUGAGCUGGAGGAUGACGAGUCAGUCACGGACACCCAGAAGAGACGGGAACUUCUCUCCAGGCGUCCGUCUUAUCGAAAAAUACUCAACGAGCUUUCAUCGGAUUCGCCAGCAGUUCCAAAAAUUGAUGAGGAGAAGACGGAGGAGGAGGCGCCGGUCUCCAGUGCUGUCUCAGCAUCAGUGCCAACCUCCAUCUAUCAGACCAGCUCAGGACAAUAUAUUGCGAUUACUCAGGGGAGAGCCAUCCAGUUGACUAGCCCUGGAGUUGAAGCCCUGCAGGGGGCCCAGACCUUGACGGUGGCCAGCUCUCCCAACCCGCAGCCCGGAGCCACAAUCCUGCAGUGUGCAGCUCAACCCGGAGACUCCCCACAGCAACUCUACAUACAGGGAGGACAGGUGCUCGUCCAAGCUGCCACAGGAGAUAUACCGGCUUACCAGCUGCGUUCGCCCAACUCGGGCCUGGCUCAGAGCAUCGUGAUGGCUGCGUCCCCGGGCACUAUGCAGAACCCCCCACAGCAGCAUGCUGAAGAGGUCACCCGCAAGAGGGAGGUCCGACUGAUGAAAAACAGGGAGGCAGCUCGUGAGUGCCGCAGGAAAAAGAAAGAGUAUGUCAAAUGUCUGGAAAACCGCGUGGCCGUGUUGGAAAACCAAAACAAGACCCUGAUUGAAGAGCUGAAAGCACUGAAGGACAUUUACUGCCACAAAGCUGAGUAGCAGGGGCAGUGUGUGGUGAGGAGCUGAAGACAGUGCCGUUUACAAAGUGCUACAGCAAAACAAAAAAAAAAAGAAAAGACUCUGGAACAAAAACUGCUUUGACCGUCUUGGUGUCUCUGCUCACUCAGGCCUGGUUUAUGCUGAAUUCAGAGGUGUCCCAGGGAAUUCGAACAGCUCGAGCUCGCCAGUUUUGCUCUUGUUUCUUAUCUUGUGCUCUUUGCAUGUGAAGACUCAAGUGUCGUACACACUGUGCUUGCAGUUUGCUUCGGUGCACGGGCGAAGCCAGCCAAUGAGAGCCAGUGGUAGAAGAGGAACAGGAAGAGGAAAUAAAGGUGCUUCCUGAAAAUGUGCCGUCCAAGUACAGAGAUUACGAAAAAAAAUGACGGGGUCAGCCAGGUCCCGCUACCAGCAAGUUUCUCUGAGGUCAGACGAGGUGCACGCAAAGCUUCGCGGAUCCACCACCAGCUGCAACAAGGCAACUCAACCGUGUUUACUUGAUGUCACCUGCAUCAUUUACGCUUCUGUUUUUGGCUUUUUCAUGCAUUCCUUCAUGUGAAAACGUAAUAUCUUUAAGCCUUUUUGUCAAGAAGUGACUUCCUGGAUUUCGUCAAUCUGUUUUCAGUUUUGUGAGGAAGUUGUCGAUUUAGUCAAAGAGAACGAGAAGAAUUCAAGAUAAAAGUCCUUUUAUGUUUGGGAGUUUAUGCACAGACCCGCAAAAUUGAUUUCAAGCCGACGUGAAGCGGCGUUUACUGAAUCAGAACUUGGUUAGCAAGUUAUUUCUCAUCACUAAAGUAAAGUUGAUUGUAAUAUUUGAAAUGACAGAGCACAAGUGCUCUUAAGUCAAAGCACAGAAAGUACCAAAGUGUCUGUGUGGAUUCUAGCAGAAUUCAUAUUCUAUUACGUUUAUUUAAAGAAUUUCACUCCACGGGUUUAUAUAUUCUACAACGAAAGCGAAAAGCUGUAAACAUGCUACAAAUUCUAUAUUAUAUAUGGAAAACCCCAAAGUUUGUAAACCAGCAACUUAAAAUGACUCUUAGCUCUAAGAAUAAGUGUUGUGCUUUAUUGUCAAUGCAAACAUCAGUUUUGUUUUUCAAAUGAUGGAUAUCCAUUGUGGUAUAAAACUGUAUUUGAUUAUGGCUAGUUAUUAAAAUGCUCUGUUUAAAGGGUGAUGCCAAUUUUUCUUUUUCUUUUUCUUUUUUAAUGUAAAGACAUAUUAUUUUAACAAUAAUAUAUCAUGUGUUAAUGUUUCUGGUGAUUUUGAAACGGCUUGCUUUUUCUUUUUCUGUCCAUGUAGUCGUUGAGUUCGUUCCACUGAAUAUAUUUUAUUGAAAGAUAACAGACCGUCUGUCAUGGCUGCCAAAGCUCUUAAAGUAACAGUUAGGAAUUUAACUACUGUUUAGCUCAAUGACAACAGCAUGAUUCAUCCUGUGGUUGUCUUGUCAUGUACCAACCAAAUGACCUGUCAUGGUUUGCACUUACAGAGGAAUGGCCUUUCGGGGAAAUUCUAUGAAAAAGGCACGUGGUAAUAAAAUCAAGUUUUCUUUGAUAUCAGCUGAGUUGAAUUUCUCUGCAUGUAUUUUUUCUUGCCGUAUCAAGCGGUUACCAGGUGUUCUCCUCUCAGUGUACUUCCUUGUUUUAAUUGUAAAACCCAAACUAUUUUUGUUUAUCUAAUAAAAUAUUCAAAUGUGA